AUGGCUGAUUCGGAGGACGAUACUGUACUGUUGCCGAGUUUUCUUGUUGAGGCUCCAGAAGAGCAUCUCCUAGCAUACCAAGAAGCAUUUUCCGAAGAUGACAUCGAAACACUGUCCACAGCUUACAAUAAAUGGACGGAAGAAAUAAGGGAAGAAAAGGGGAUACUCGAGAAAAGGCUGAACGAGUUGAUGAAGGGACUCGGGCCAGAAGCCCUUGAAGCCGCCAAAAAGAUUGGCAAGUCCCUGACGAAUGAAGAUGCGUCGACAGGCCAUAGCGUGUUCGAGAUUCGACGAUGUGUGGCGCUGGCUGAACGGAGGCAUCAAGAGGCUCGCCCUCAACUCGAGCAAUUCCUGGCCGACGUCAAAUCGCUCGGAAAUGAGGCAUCGAAACAAAAUGCGAUGUGGGAGAUGAGCACGAUGGUUCGAAUGAGUCUCAGAUUGGCCAUCAUUCUCCUUGCCGUCUCUUUCUCUAUUCCACUAUAUCUUCUAUUGAGACAUUCCGAUCAUGGACCACUUUUUCCGGCUAGAGGCGAUGCAGCCGAUCUCUCGUACGGUCUAAUCCUUGAUGCGGGCUCAACGGGUACUCGAAUGUUUCUCUAUACUUGGACAUCUUCUUCUGAUACGAGGCUCAUCGAUAUUAACCCGGCGCUUGAUCAUCACGAGCUGCCUGUUGUUAAGAAGGUGUACCCCGGCCUCUCAACAUUUGCCGAUCACCCUCACGAUGCCGCCGAAUACAUCAAGCCACUGAUGGACUACGCUGUCGAGUUUAUCCCCGAAGAGAAAAGGCCCUACACCCCCGUAUUCAUCUUUGCCACCGCUGGAAUGAGGCUCGUCCCGGAUUUACAGCAAAAGGCGAUUCUGGAGGAUCUGCACACCAAGCUCCCACAAAUGACUGUCAUGCAGAUAAUGAAAGAGCACAUCCGGGUGAUCGAGGGCAAAUGGGAGGGUAUCUACAGUUGGAUCGCUGCCAAUUACAUUCUUGGCCGUUUCAACCCACCCAUGGACAAGCCCGACUUCCCAAAGGGCGGUGAACCAACGAUCAACCGAAAGGACACCGUUGGAAUGAUUGACAUGGGUGGCGCAUCAGCCCAAAUCGCGUUCGAGCUACCCCAAUCGACGAACUUCUUAACCGAAAAUGUCGAAAAUGUAAAUCUUGGAUGUCGAGACGAGAGUCCUCUCUUCAAGUACAAACUAUUCGUCACUACCUUCUUGGGCUAUGGCGUCAAUGAGGGGUUGAGAAAAUACGAGCAAGAUCUGUACAAAGAGAUGUCCGAGGUGAAUGGCUCAUACGUGAGAGAUGAAUGCUUGCCAACAAAUCUUGUCGAAAUGGCCAAAGGAAUGGAUGGGAAUCAAUUCACCAGAAGAGGAACGGGCGAUUGGGAGAGCUGUGUGGAGAAGCUGUCAUCGUUGAUUGACCCCGGAUCCGCCCCCAAUUGCCUGCCAAGCUGUUAUUUUGGGAAUGUCGCCGCGCCGGAUAUCAAAUUAUCUGACAUGCAAUUCUUCGGAUUCUCGGAAUUCUGGUUCUCUGUGGAAGAAGUGCUGAAGCUGGGUGGUACCUACAAUUAUACAAUGGUCCGAGAGAAGAGUCGACAAUUCUGCAAUCAAAAGUGGAGCUCUAUUAAGUCUCAAGCGACUCGCCUUCUCUAUCCAAAGGCUGAUGAACAGAGAUUGAGGACACAAUGCUUCAAGAGUGCAUGGAUUACAGCUGUUUUGCACGCUGGAUUCGAUUUUGAGAGGGAUCAGAAUAAAUUCCAAUCGGUGCUGCAAGUGGAUGGGCAAGAAGUGCAAUGGGCUCUCGGGGCAAUGAUCUACCAUAUGAGAUACUUCCCACUGCGCGACACUCAGGCCAAGAUUGCUGGAAAGGCGGCGCCAUCCUCGCAUUCAGCAUGGUGGAUCCCGCCAGCGGAGAUGCUAUUCAUCUGUGCCUGUAAUAUUGAUGAU